GUCAGGGCGCAGUCAGUAGCACCUCUGUCCUUUAUGUUUUUUUUUUACGUUUUGUUAAAGCGGAGGGAAAGAAAAAAUUCUCCCGAGCGGUGCGUUAAUAUGGAUGGGAAGCCCGACGUCACGCCAGCGCGAGGCGUCUUUAGAUUUUCGCAUCAGCUAAGAGUGCAAGGGUCAAAAUUAACUCAGGACCUUAGUUCGUUCUCGUCUAAUUUGUCAGGUUUUAGCUCUGCCUGCCUUGCCGGCACGCGCAACGACGCGACGCGGGAACCUGGUUAAUCGACGAAUCUGCGCGAUUGUUUUGGAUCGUUCCGGUGAAGCGAUGAUGGACGGGGAAGGAAAAGCAACAAGUGUAUCCCAGUAAGGCCUUUGAGGACACGUUUUCCAAUUUCCAUUCAGGCUGCAGACAAUCAGAAGAAGGGACAUGUCGAGAGAGAAAAAAAGGUCAUCUUCCAGCGGGCCUCCGGAACCAUACUGUCACAUGACACGAGAGGCCAGAGUUUUGCUAAACCCCCAGAAAGCACCGACAUAACCGAUGAAAGCCGUCCAGAAAAUGCAGAUAACGAACAACAACAAGAACGCGUCUCGCGACGUAGCGGGAUUAUUUGUAACGCAGCCGUUAUGCAUUUGAACAUAAUGACAAAAUCCGUCAUGCAGAACACAUUGGGUCAGCGACCGCAAAAGACCGGCUUGUACAGUGAAACGGAAUACUGAACGAGAAAAAGAGGGGGAAACGUUCACCAUCUUCAAUCAAGACGGCGCUAACUCAUCGGUGCUUCUUUCUGCAAAGUACAGGAGGUGCCAGAAAGAAUCAACAAGUUUACUGCUACUGUACUCUGUCACCUAGCCACAUAUUCUUGGAUGACAUUAUUCAAGCAAACCCCACAAAGAGGAGCGCUGCUUCACGCGCAGGAGCGACAAGAAAGCCCCGCUGGGAUUCAUUGCCUCGAAAAGAGCACGCGCCGCUUCAUACGAGCGAGCUUCCACUGCGCGUGCUGGCGCGGAUCUGCGGAAAUGGCCCGUUUACUGCUGACACGCACUGGGAAGAACGUACAAACCCGGUUUCAGAACCGGAGGGUGACACAAACACGACCGUAGGCUGAAAAAGAAAGUCUCUCUCGGACCGUUUCUGAUCGACAGCCCACCACCACCACCACCACCGUCUUGAGUGAGGCUCCCAGAGAUUUAUUUACGCGCGUGGGAUCUUACAGCGCCGCGGGUAAAACGUCCUUCCGCCAAUAUGACAGGAGAAGUAGGCUAUAUCUGGGUACGGUUAUCCAGUAUGCAUUAAUGACGGUCCCUGUCUCUCCUGGACGACUUACAUAAAACUAUUCUGUCGCGUUCCCCAGAGCGUAUAACCAAUAAUAAAGUCCCCUUUAAAUGAUUAAAUGUCACUUUCGUGGAGGGCAAUAUUUCCAAAACCAAUAUUUAAUGGCAAAUAAGCAUUGUAGUAACGUACCUGACCGAUUUAAUAACGUUACUCUUAAUAAAUCAAAUUAUUUGGUGAAAAUAAUAGUCCAGUGAAUCUGACAUCUCGCGCGAUGUAGUCUAGCGUGUUUAUUUAGCUGUCGCUUCUCGCAAAGGUUAAUUAAAAUGAUCUAAUCAGUUUAUCUCUUACCCCUGUUAAUAGUUUUCUGUAGGCUGUUUGAAUGGAGUAUGUCUUCUGUAUUAAAAAAAAUAUGGUUUAAGGUUUAUCUAAAAAGUAUAAUAUAAGAAUAGGUAAGAAUCAAAAUCAAAAACACGUUUUAUAACCCUGCGUGGGAGCAAAAUAUUAUAGCGCCACACAAACCCAUUUUAAUGGCAGAUCAUAUCUAAGCACUAUCUUGAAAAGCAUGUUGGCCCUCUAUCUCGAGAGAACACCAAUCUUAGCAAGCCAUUGGUGUAUAUAUGGGUUCAUUCAUUCCAGUUCAAUUAGGAACUUAGAUUUGAUUGCAAAAGAAACUCUUUAGGAAAAAAUUAAAAACUUAAAGGCUGACCAGUCUACUUUAAGUCAGGGUUGGAAGUUUUGAGCCUGUUUAUUUAUAGCUUGCUACAACUCCAGUUGUCCUCGCCGUCACAAGGCUGCGAUAUAAAUGUGCUAUAUAACUCGGGCGCUCGCUUUAAUUCACAUUAGACCUACAUUGCAAGUUUAUCAGAUUGAUGGGUGGAUUCGAUUGAUGUGUUUGUCAUGUAAAUACGAAUCGUUUGAUGGACACCUGCAACGCCCAAAGUGCUACCGCAGGUCGCACACUAUUGGUGCAAAAUUAGUCACAUGAUCUGUCACUAAACUGAUAUGAGCUCGGAUAGAACUUUGUGUGGUUUGACAUACUGCUUAGAGGUUGUAGGGGCACCGGGACCACACAUCGGCCUGUAUUGACCCUGCUUAAUCAAUUUUGCUUGGUCGGUCAACAAUGAAUUCCUAUUUAGAUUAUACGAUUUAUAACCGCGGCGCUAACACUUACAGUUCGAAGGUUGGGUGUUUUUCUAUGGAGCAGGAAUACUUGCCAAGUGCUUGUGCAAGUACAAAUAGUUACGUUCCCGAGGGACGGACGGUCGGAGGAAACGCUUUUACGCCGGCGACGCACGAAACCCAUGGCACAACUUACGCACCGCUUCAUUCGCAGCAAUACCACAUGAACAUGGACAUGGGGAAAACCGGGCACUCCAAUUUUUGCAAGCAACCCCGACCUCCCCACUCGGACUAUGGGCAUCAACAUGUUCUCACGCAAGCAGAUGACCACAUGCGUCUUCAGUCCCCUGCGUUUUCCGUCGUGAACAUGGGAGCAGGCAUCGGAACGUACAGUGAAUCUAACUGCAGGCCUGGCUCGGUCUCUGCGAGCCAUUACCAGUCCUAUCCUUAUGGAGAGCACGAACCGAACGGCUAUGGUUCGUUUAGCAAGUACCAGGUCUCCCCCGACAGUGACAGCGACUCCAAAACGAACAUCAAGCAAGCGCCAACGUUUGACUGGAUGAAAGUCAAGAGAAACCCUCCUAAAACAAUUAAAGUCGACGAAUAUGGGAUGCACGGCCAGCAGAAUAUAAUACGCACCAAUUUCACCACCAAGCAGCUCACCGAACUCGAGAAGGAGUUCCACUUCAACAAGUACCUGACCAGAGCGCGCAGAGUGGAAGUGGCCGCCACCCUCGAACUGAACGAAACGCAGGUUAAAAUCUGGUUUCAGAACCGCAGGAUGAAACAGAAGAAGCGGGAGAAGGAAGGAACGGCCCCGGUGAUCAAACGUGCCACUUUUUGCUCUUCUGGUCAAAGCGCAGACAACUCGAACAGCUCCUCAUCCCCUGGAGCUUCGCCUACCUCAGACUCUUCCACUGCUGUUUGAUGAUAACGUGCCUUUGUGGCAAACGAACUCAUGUUUCAUCAUCGUGAUGUGGAGAACUAUCUAACUUAUUCUGCUGUCUCAGACAAAGCAUUAAAUACGCGCUAAAGUGUGCAUGCGUGUUUAUAUAUAACGCACAGUAAAUAAUUUUGCUGCACAGAGCUACUGUAUUAAUGGUUCGAAAUGCAUUAACAGGGUAUAUGCUUAUUCCAAAUCAAGAGGUUUCAUUUUUUUUCCUGUCAUCGGGUCGACAUCCUUUUUGUUUUUGCACUACUGAUUCAUUCCUCUGUUGGAAGAGUAACAAAAAUGUAGUAAAGACUGACACGUUUAUGUAUUUAGAAAAUAAUCUGGCCUGUGAUGUUUUGA